UGUUUCUCUAAAGCCCAGGCUCAGGGAUUUUUGCUCUGAGUUGACCUGCAUUUGAUCAGAUAAUUAAAACAAGUCUUCACUUUUUGUUAGGGGGAUUUUUUAGCUGAAGCUUUGACCUGCUUUGAUUUAUUUUUUUCUUGAAAUAAACCUCAUAUAGGCAGUCGUAUAACUCACAGUACUCACAGAUUAGUGAUCAUGCAUUCACUUUGACAGGUUUUAAACGUUUUCCUGCAUGCAGUUAAAACACAGAAUAUAUUUUAUUAUUUUAUUAGAAUUAUGUUCUGUGUGCAAUGGAAAGAACACUGGGGCAUGUAUUAAUAGGACACAAACACACUGCAACAAGUUUGGCAAGUUUGAUGAUAUUUAAAUGCACUUUUGCAUAGAAGGGUUUUAAACAGCAAGGCUUAUUUUCCACAAGUUUUUAAAGAGCACAAACAUGGCGGCUUCCUUGCUCAUGUUUGGACGACUGGGAUCUCGAAAGGUCCUGCAGGCAGACAGCUUGAGUGUAUUACAGAAAGCCAGAGCAGUUGCUUUCAGUUCAAAAUCCGGGGAAGGCAAAAAGUCUAAAAAGUCCAACACAGGAAAGUCCACAUCAAAAACGUACUUUGAUAUAGAUAAACUUAUCGAACAUAAAUCCUAUCCAAGAAAUACCAAGGAGGCUGUAACACCUGCUGCUGCAGCUUCCGCCACUGCUGGAACUGUGUCUGCAACUGCUGCAGCCGUUCUUCCGCAAACUGCUGAAUCCAUUACUGCACCUUCUCCAAGUGAAACUGUUUCAGAGGUCUGUCCAGCUGCAGUGGAAACCACACCUAUCAAUAAGGUUGCUGUUGUUCAACCUGCUAUGGAAGCUGGAGCAGCAGUUGAAGAGGUCACAGCCGAAGUUGAAGUAGAAACUUCACCAAGUGCUCAAGCUGCUGUCCCUGUUGCUGGAAUUGAACCUGUUGCAGAAUCUGACACUCCUUCCCCAGCUAAAGCUAAAUCCAUUGCAGAAACAACCACAGAAGAACCACAGAAUGCUCUCAUUGAUGCAGCCCAUGCAGAAGCUCUUGAAAAAGUCAUGGCUCAAGCAGCUCCUGCCAUAGUUGUUACAGAAGUUACUGCAGAAGUUCCAGACAGUGCAGCCUGUACAGGGGUUGCUCCUGGAGUUACAGCUGAACCAGCAGCUGCCGCCGCUGCCACUGCUGCCAGAACUGUGUCUGCAACUGCUGCAGCCAUUCCUCAGCAAACUGCUGAAUCCAUUACUGCACCUUUUCCAAGUGAAACUGUUUUAGAGGUCUGUCCAGCUGCAGUGGAAACCACACCUAUCAAUGAGGUUGCGGUUGCUCAACCUGCUAUGGAAGCUGGAGCAGCAGUUCAAGAGGUCACAGCCGAAGCUGAAGUAGAAACUUCACCAAGUACUCAAGCUGCCUUCGUAGCUGGAAUUGAACCUGUUGCAGAAUCUGACACUCCUUCCACAGCUAAAGCUAAAUACAUUGCAGAAUCAACCACAGAAGAACCACAGAAUGCUCUCAUUGAUGCAGCCCACACAGAAGCUCUUGAAAAAGUCAUGGCUCAAGCAGCUCCUGCCAAAGUUGUUACAGAAGUUACUGCAGAAGUUCCAGAUGGAGCAGCCUGUACAGGGGUUGCUGCUGGAGUUACAGCUGAACCAGGAACUGCAGGUGUAGCUGCCCCUACAGAGGUUGCCCCGGUAUUUACACCUAAAGUAAACCCUGCUACAGCUGCCUCAGAAGCUACCCCAGAAGUUAAGAAUGAAACAAUCACCAAUGAAUUUGCCUUAGAAUCUAAAAUUGAAGCAGCCCACACAGACGUUGUCCCUGUAGAUAUAGCAGAAAUGAGCCCAACAAAAGUUAUCCCAGAAGUUAAGAUUGAAGCAGCCCCUAUUGGCAUUGCCCCAGAAGUGGCAGCUGAAGCAGGCUCCACUGACAUUGCCCAAGAGGUUACAGCUGAAGCAACCCACACAAAAAUUGCAGCUGAAGCUGCACCUUCUGUAGAAUCUGAAGCUUCAUCUGUUCCAGAAUCUGUUAUCGAGACUGUCAUGGAAGCUGCUGCUGAAGCAAUAACCAAAGCCAUUGCAGAAACAAUCCCUGUCGAAGCUGUUGCUGAAGUAGUGGAAGCAAUUGCUGAAACUGUAGCUGAAGUUGUUGCAGAAGCUUCAGUAGAAGAUGCCCCUAUAGUUAUCAGUGAAGAUGCCCUUGGAGAAAAGCUGGAUGACAUUGCCAAUGUGAUCACAGAUCCAGCAGAAACUCCUGUCACAGUGGAUGCGCCUGAGGCUGGUUUGGACCCUAUUCAGAAACUUUUUUUGGAUUCCAUUCGCAGCUAUUCCGCAAAGAGCAUGGAAAUUGGUGGUCCAGUUGAUGCAGGUCCGGAAUACCACAAGGCUCUGCAAGAGGAAAUCAGCAAACUACGAAGAUUAUAUGGUGGUGGAGACCUAGACUCAUUCCCAGAGUUUAAUUUCCCAGAACCAAAGCUGGAUGAAUUUUCUUCCGAAUGAAACAACGAGUUCACACUCUUUUGCCUCAGCCUGGGACUAAUACGAUAACUUUGUUCUUGUUUGCUCUUUUUCGCAAUAUAUUUUUAUUUGACUGUGAAGCCUUUUCAACUUUCAGAUAAAAAGCAUCUAUUUGUAAUUCAAUUUGUAAUUUUUUUUGCAGAAUUUUUUUUAUUCACUCUCAAUACCUAGUUUAAUAAUAUAGUUUACUUUACUUCUGGUUCUGAUAGAUUUGUUUGUGAGCAUUUGUCACAUUAUUUGAUAAUUAGCACCUGUAUAAAAACCUACACUUAAACUUUACACUGUUUUAUUGUAUGUCAUACAAGGUUGAUUUGUUCACAGUCUUUUGCUUUCCUCAUUUAUGCAAUGUGUAUUUGUGUGUGAACUUUAAAUAAAAUUUCGUAUCAGAA